AUGGACAAGGGAGAUCCUCAGCUUGCGGCGACAUCCUCGCCGGAUGUCGAGGAGAAUAUGAGUAUCGGCCGCUACGUCACAACUCGCAUUUCUUCUCUGGUGCCUCCAAUGAAUCCCGCGCCAAACCCAUUCAAGGCUUUGACACUACUUAACCGGGCUCAGUGGCUCAAUUUCUUGGCAUCCCAACAGGUCGCGUUUUUUGGCUGGUCUUGGGAUUCUUUUGACUUCUUUACCGUUUCACUCACUACCUCUGAGCUUGCAAAGUCAUUCGGCAAGUCUGUGACCGACAUCACAUGGGGAAUCACCCUGGUUCUGAUGCUGCGAUCCGUCGGCGCGAUCACCUUCGGAAUCGCCUCUGAUAGAUGGGGCCGCAGAUGGCCAUUCAUCGUCAACCAGCUCCUCUUUGUGGUCCUCGAGCUCGGCACUGGUUUCUGCCAAACUUAUGAACAGUUCCUGGCUUGUCGUGCCUUGUUUGGAAUUGCCAUGGGUGGCCUGUACGGCAAUGCAGCUGCUACAGCGCUUGAGGAUUGUCCGCCUGAAGCCCGCGGUAUCAUUUCGGGAUUCUUGCAGCAAGGGUACGCUCUUGGGUAUCUGUUAGCCACAGCCGCCGCCAGAGGUCUUGUCGACACCACAUCGCAUGGCUGGCGGCCGCUGUUCUGGUUCGCGGCUGGUCCACCAGUCUUGAUAAUUAUCUUCCGGUCUUUCCUAGGUGAAACCGAGACUUUCCGUCGACGUCAGGAAGCACGGCAGGAAGCAUGGCAGGAGGUGCGCGGAGGGGUUGCGGCCUCGUUCAUGUCAGAAGGGAAGGUGGCACUGCAGCGACAUUGGCUGAUGCUCAUGUACCUGGUUCUGCUAAUGUCUGGGUUUAAUUUCAUGUCACAUGGAUCUCAAGAUCUGUACCCGACCAUGCUGGUGAAUCAGUUUAAAUUCUCAAAGAAUGCUGUCACUGUCACUCAAGUCGUCGCCAACUUGGGCGCUUUGUCGGGUGGCAUAUUGUGCGGUUGGGCCAGUCAGAUCUUCGGCCGCCGGUUCUCCAUCAUCGUCAUCUCGAUCAUCGGCGGCGCCCUUCUCUACCCCUACACGUUUGUCCAGAACAAGAACGUUAUUGCCGCAGCCUACUUCGAGCAAUUCAUGGUCCAGGGCGCAUGGGGUGUAAUCCCCAUCCACCUAAUGGAACUAUCGCCAGGCUCUAUCCGCACCUUUGCCGUUGGCACCGCCUACCAGCUCGGGAACCUGGUCUCCUCCGCUAGCUCGACUAUUGAGUCAACCAUCGGUGAACGAUUCCCUCUGCCUCCAACCAAAGAAGCCGCUCAUCGCUACGAGUACGGCAAGGUCAUUUGUAUCUUCAUGGGCUGUGUCUUUGCCUACGUCAUUCUGAUAACAAUUGCUGGACCAGAGCGUUUGGGUCGUAACUUCGAUGCUGAGCAUGAUGCGGAUCCCCAGCAGGUUGCUGCUCACCGCGGCCUCAACAACAAGGAGGACGUUGAGGAAGAUAUUGAGAAGACUAGGACCACGAUUGUGCCGUAG